AGAAUGAAACCUCCACUUAUGUGAACUGUAACAGAUAAGAGUUGGCAUCAAUAAUAAAAAUUCUUUGAAGCGCUUUUUUAAAAUUCUUAUUUUCGCGUAUUGAUUUUGCAAUGCAUCCCUCUAAUAUUCCCGCUAUUGAAGUGCUCCAAAUAAUAGCAUAGUGUAUAAAUGAUAAGACCAUGCUGCCAUCAAGCUAAGUUUCUUAUGCUUUAGAACCAGAACCUAUCUUCAACACACGUGUGAAAAAUUCAACAAAGAUCGCAGAUAUUGGAGGGAUGCCGAGGAAACUCACCCGGGGGUUCAGGGAAGUGACGACAGACUUUUUACCCUGGGUGUGAACACUGCAGAAUGUCGACGCAUCAAACGAAAGAGGAACAAAAAAACGAUAGAAAAAGGUGAUCUGACAGCGAAGUACAGUGAGUAUCCUGUCGGUAAGAAUCUUUACUAAUGGACUAUGACUUCUGACAGUAAUUCUGGUAAUAUUGUGAUGAGUAACAAGCUAAAAUCGGCUAAUCAAAGCCCAGAAACGAACAACACAAUGGAAAACUUUCAAGAUGGAGGACAAAACAUGAACUCCGAUCAAAAUCGAGCAGAUUUCAAUCCCAAUAUUGAAGGCCCUCGUAUGAAUUCGAACAUGAAUAGUUUCCCUCAGGGUGGUGGGGAUCAACGAAUGGGGGAUGGAACUAUGAACAGGAUGAAUGAUAAUACGCCAAAUGCUCAAAUGCAGGGUUAUAAUGGUGGUUAUAACCAGGGGAACUUCAACAUGGGAGAUCAACAUGGCGGUCCAGGAAGUGACUAUGGGCCACAGAAUAAUCAGUACAAUCAGUACAACCAGCAGAAUAUGAGGCCUGGGUAUCCUCAGGGUCCAGGUCAACCAUCCAUGCCACCCCGCCCAGGCAUGGGUAAUCAAAAUAUGGGAGCAGUGCCCCCAUUCAACAGCCAGCAGCAGCAACAGCAGCGGUUCAUGUCUAUGUCUGGCGCAAGCAUUCAGCAACAAAGUGGCCCAACACCGACCCUGAAUAAGCUCCUUACGGACAAUGGUACGGGUCAGCCACAGCCACGUCAAAAUGAAAUGACAAAUAUGCCUUACAGCUCAAUGCAACAGCAGCAGCAAAAUUGGGGAGGACAGCGUAGCUCAAUGAACAAUCCAUAUCAACAACAAAUGCAAGGUGUACGACAUCAGCAACAGCAGCAGCCACAAGGGAUGUACGAUCCAGCUACCCAACAUCGUGUCCGACCGAACGUUCCGGCAUCUUUUCCCCAACAACAGUAUGGUGGUCAACAAUUUCCACCAUCAUCUCAACAACAGUAUAGAAUGCCACAGAACAGUAUGCAGUCAAGACCAGGGAUGGGACCCCCACCCUACAAUCAACAGGGGUUUAAUUCAACACGUCCACCGAGCCAAUGGAACGGAGGAACGAGCACCAGUAGCGCCCCCACAUCCAAUACUAACUCUAAUUCCAAUUCGCAAGAUAGCACUGACUUACCUGAGCUAUCAGGCAGAUUAGAUGAUCUAGGAGACCGAAGUGGUGCCCCUACUUCUACAAAUACUACAUCCAGCAAUCCCGCACCCCCAAGAUCAGCACCCUCACCCGCAGGAUCAGCGGGCUCACGAUCAAACACACCUGCAUCCACAACAGGUGUCCCUAGUCCCAUGCCCCCACGUCCACCAUCAGAGCACUCUCAGCCGCCCUUGGAUGGUCCUAAUAGAAUACAGUCCCCCAUGCAGACCCAAUUUGGCCAGCAACCCCAGUCAAUGCCCCCUCCAAUGGGGCCUGGGGGGCAGGUGGGGCCCUACCCUAACAAAACGGGACACCCCAGUAUGCCCAUGGUAGGUCCCCAGAUGGGAGCUCCUUAUGGUCAACAGAAUUCACAAUAUCAAGGUAACAUGAAUAGACCAGGACAAAUGGGUUACAACCCACAAAAUAUGUAUAAUAACCAGAUGCCCCCCUCAGGCAACCAAAUACCCCCUACUGGCAAUCAAAUGCCCCCUACUGGCAAUCAAAUGCCCCCUACUGGCAACCAUAUGCCCCCUUCAAACAACCAAAUGGGCCCCUCAGGCAACCAAAUGCCCCCUAGUGGCAAUCCGCCUCCACAUAUGCCAGGG